AUGGGUUGUGGUGCUAGUAAAAUUGUUGAACAGCAAGCAGCGUUGAAUAAUAAUGGACAUGCUCAAGAAAUUGUAAGGAAAUCAAGUGUGGUUGAAAAGCUUACUGAACAAAAUGAACCUGUUUCAACUCCACCAGAGAAACAGGCUCAACCAGUUCAACAAAAAGCUCCAGAGCCAGAAAAACGAGUUUCAACAGCAACUUCACCAGAACCUAAAUCAGUUGCGGCCGAACCAGUUCAGGAAGAACCAAAGAAAGAUGAACCAUCCAAUGAAAAGCCAGCACCAACUUAUACAGAAGAAUCAUUACAAGACGUUCUGGAAUUAGAAAAGAAAUUAAGUUUGCUGGAAAGCAAGGGUGUAGUAGGACAGUAUCAAACACAACAUAAGUUGCUUGUUAGUCUUUAUCCUGAGUUACAAGCGGCGCAGAAGAAGGUGGAAGCUCUCAAACAACAAACGUAUGUGGAUUGUUUUGAUCGACUUUCAAUUAUUUAUCCCUACUUUUUAACAAAGGCCUGGGUCCCUUACCCUGGCCCAGAGGUUUUUUAGGUUUGGCAAAACAAUACCCUCUGGUUCCCUCUACUUUUCACAAUCAAUUUUACUGAAAUCAGCUCUUUCUUUCCCCUAAUCCUUUUCUCUCAAUUGCUGCCCUCCUAAGCUACCUCACUUCUAUUCUCCCUUUCCCCUUCAUUUUGCCCCCCCCCCCCAGUUUUUACCUGUAAUUCCCUUUAAUCUCCCUGCCUCCUUUUCUCUUGCUCUCACCUACUUCUCACUUGCUGCUUUACUCCUCUUUUCCCUUACACCCUUGUCUACCUCACCUUCCUAUCCUCAUGGCAGGACUACCCUUUCCCAACUUAACUUGAAAUUGUACCUUCAGUAAUUCAAACUUUGGAUAUUUUAGGGUGAAAGAGUACAGAGAUGUAGCUGUCAUGCAACAUCCAAAUGUCAGAGCCAUGUUCUCAGAUGUCUACCAACUACAGUCACAGAUGGCAAAGGAACAACAAGAAUACAUGGAUGCAUUGAACCGUCAAGAAGUUGCUGAGAAGGAAUUAAAAAGCCGACAAGAAGAAUACAAUGCAUUGUACGCUGAGGUCGAGUCCUUGCAGAAGGAAUGUGAAGAGCUGCAGAGAAUACGAGCAGAACGUGAGAAAAAGUUGGAUGAAAUAUUUGAUGGGAAAUAUGGAAGUGAUCUUGAAGGCCAACUGGAGGCGGAAACAGACUUACUCACAGAACGUAAAGAGAUUAUCAGUAGAGCACGAAAUUACUGGAGCAAUGCUAAAGUUUUGAUGGAACAUGCUGUGCAACAACUUGCUUAUUCAACGAGGAGAUGGGCCCAGAUCAAUACUGUGAAUCAAUCCAUGGUACAGGUAUGGAAGAAAUAUCCUCCUUGUCACAUCAUUUCCGGAUAUUACUUUAAAACGUUGCCCGAAAUGCUUCACUGUUUUGUCCACAAAAGCUAACAACCAUUAAUUCUGCUAAAUUUGUAAAUGUUUAAUCUUUUCCAGGCGCGAUAUUCGAUGGUGGCAGAAACAAGGAACUAUUUGAUAGCUGCUUCACAGAACAUCACCAACACGCAUCGUUACUUAAGCAAUGUCAACAUACCGUAUUGUAACAGUGAGGAUUUGAGGGUGAGAGCAUAAUAAUUAAUGUAGACGUCGCUGAUGUGCGAGAAAAAAUAUUCUGUGGAACUAUGUAUAGAGCAAACAUAUACUGUAGUACUAACAACACUUGCAAAUAUCCAUGACAGUAGUUUACAAUCUCAUAUUCUAAAUAUUUUAAUCUAAUCUUCUCUUAAGGUGUUGAAUAAUGCAAUAGCCACAAUCUUCAACGAUAUUAUGAACCGAGACUCGUACAUGCGAGCACUUCAGACCUACAGCGCUCUGAACAACAAAGCAAACUCGCUUCAUCAAUGGAUCAUUCUGGUGCUCGAGAAGACCAUUAAUAAAGACCUGCAACAGAUUGUUCCAUUGUGGCAAGAAAAAAUACUGGCCCUGAAACGGGAACGAAUGAGGUAGGAGCAGUGUUUAUUUUAUUUACCCUUCGUAACUGUGACCGGGAUUCCUGCAAUAUACACUUGUAUGAUUAUAAUUUCACCUCCCUCCAUGGGAGAAGAGUGCUUCCAAUUUUAUUCUAACACCGGACGUUUCUCCCGGGUACUUCUGUUUUUUCCUGUAGUAACACUGGGCCAGGUUCUUACUGGACCUUAAGGAAAAUAGUUAAGCUGAUGUAUAGUUUCGAUUUCCUCCUGUGGUGACACUAGACUAGUAGGACCUCUAACAAGAAUAGUUUAGAACUGAUAGAGCUAUCUGGUAUAACAAAGUUAUUCUGUGGAACGCGGAGGAUAUUCUUGUAAGACAAGUGUGUAUAUCUAACAUGUUCUCAUUUCCAGACUGAUUCACGUGAAGUUACGAGAACUACAAGGUAAAGACGUGAGCGAAGACAUACCUGAUGAAGUACUGUGGUUGCAACAUUCACAAGAACAGAUUCCUGAAGUCCAGAGUGACACUCGCAUUGCUGAACCUGAUACAGUCUCGCUGAAAGAUGACAAUCUAGAAGACAUCCCAUCUCCACCGACCACAGAAAGAAGACCCUCCCAUGAGAAAGAUGUCUCUUCAGAAGGAGAUUCUCUUCCCACGACCGAGGGUGUUGCUCCUUCUGACACUCCUCCAUCUUCCACCACCCAGGGUGAGGUUGCCCCACCUUCCGAGGGAGAUAUCCCUCCACCUUUGACCACCCAAGGAGAUGUCCCACCAUCCUUCACCACUGAGAAAGAUGCAGAAGACACUAAGAAAGCAAAUGGAACAACAGAAGAAUCCAGUGGUGUGGACAGUCAAGGUUUGUGAAUGCUUUUUCAAAUAUUUUAUAGGAAAUUUUUACUACCUUUCUGAAACUUUCUGAAAAUUGUCGAAAUGCAUUUCUUUCAUCAAAACAGUUAGUUUCGACUGAUAAAACAUGUUUUAAAAAAUUUUGGUCAAAUGCAAAGGAGGAACCACAGGCAUACCUAGGCUGACCAAAGGGGGGGGGGGGGACCACAGGAAAUUCUCUCCAAAAAGUGCCCCAAACCACUCCUAACUUUCUGAAAAUUGUUGAAAAGCAUUUCUCUCAUCAAAACAGUUGGUUUCGACUGAUAAAAACAUGUUUUAAGUGGUGAUUUAUUCGUGUGAGAUUUCAAAUCCUCGGCUGGUGUGGAUUUCACGGCCUCGCAUUUUGAUCAAAUUUCGCGGACUUGAAAUCUAGUCCAGUCCUCAUAGUCGAUUUGAAAUAUCACGUAAUUAAUUCCUUUUAAAAAUUGUAAUUCGUUCUAACGAUAGUUCAUUGUGAAUAUCUAGAAAUAGCGGAGCUGUUGGAAACGGCAAUGAAAGUGAAGCCAUUGAUAGAACUCGCUCCAGUUCCUAAUAUGGAUGCUCUGUUUGGCAACAUCGAAGAAUUGAAGACGAAGUACGAGGAACAGGUCGCCCAAUUCUCUAAAGCGCAAGACGUGAAUAAAGCGCGUCUCGAUCAGGCCUUACAAGAAAAACUGCAGGCACGGCGGAUACGAAAACAAGCCAUUGAACUUCAAGAUACGUCAGAAUUGGCGAAAGGAGUGACUUCUAGCUUUGGGAAGUUAUUCUAA